AUGCAGAAGGUUCAUUGUUGAUCUCGACGCGCUGGCAUGUUUAUGUGUCGUCGUGUAAAGGGGUCCACGAAAAUGCACCCCAUGUAAGAGUAGCGCCUCUCGCGUAGGCCGGUCCACACGACAGUGCAAACAUUGCUGUGAAUUUAAAAUAUAUAUUUUUUAAUGUUUUUCGAUAUCUAGUGCAGCUAAUCCACGUGGGAGUGAUUUAUGAUUGAAAAACUUUGGCGGAACUCCAGUGAUCUAACCUAUGCUAAUACUACUGAUCGACCUCGGCACACCCUGAAGGCUCUAAUUUUCGUUUCAGAUAGACGGCAAAGUGAGCGGGGCGAGCUUCGAUCGUGGGAGCUUUAUUAAAUCUACUGGAUAAAAUAUUCGGGACUGGGUGGAGUUUUUGUAUUCAGUGAAAAUGAUGCAAUAUGCAAAAUAUAUACUUCUGCUCUCGUUACUAUCAAUCGUUGGCUGUUCCCCGUAUGACGACGGGAAGUAUAAUCCGAAAAAAUACCGCGUUUAUGACGACGGACGAUAUUAUAGACCUUUAGGCGAAGGGAAAUACGUCAGAGGAGACGAGGGCAAAUACACGUAUGUGUAUAGGCAAGGUCUUUACCCCGAAGAUGACAGAGACUAUAGAUAUAUACAUCAGGUGGGUCCUAACGGAGGUUUUGGAGGCAACGGUGGAUUCGGAGGGAACGGAGGCUUCGGAGGCAAUGGAGGGUUUGGGGGCAAUGGCGGAUUUGGAGGAGAUGGAUAUGGAGGGGGUGACGGAUAUGGAGAUGGAUAUGGGAAUGGAGAUAGAUACGGCGAUGGAAGCGGUCAAGAUGACUCGACAUAUAAUACAAUAGAUUAUGGUGGAAAGAUCUACGCAGAGCGAUACCCUCACAUCCACAAUAUCAUCAAGGCGCUGGUGAAGCAGUAUGUGUCUCCGGACUACAUCGGCUUCGGGGACGAGUCGCUGGGUAGUUCUUCGCACUACAACAAGGCGUACGCCGAUAAGGAGGUGGCUGUCAAGUGCCACUAUCUCUCGCCGACGUCGCAGGCGGAUCCUUCGGAGUUUGUUUCGCAAUAUCCACCCCGUUUGACCUCCCUACCUGGGGAUAAACCAGCAUCGUUCUACAGCUUCAAAGGCACGAAGGUCCUCCGCGAUGGCGACUCUCCAAGAAAGCUGACCCUGGAGUAUGAAGUGAUCGCUAGGGUCGUCGAUGUCACGGAAUAAACAUUCAAUUGUGUAUUUAUUUAUUUACUUUGGUCAUAAUUUUGGUCAAUAACGAGUAUGUUACUAUUACUUAACUGAAAUAAAGAGGCAUUUUUUGUA